ACUGCAGCGCUCUCUGGCGUAAAAUUGACAAACGUUCAUUUCCGGCAAAGCCAUGGCCCGUGGCUGCACGAAAUUCUUCACGAGAUACCAUGUGGAAUCAGAGGGAUUUAAAAGCACCACCACUGGUGACCCUGAAAUCAUCCCUACCGGCACGUGAAGUUCAGGAAAUUCGGAAAUGCCUCGAAGGGGCAAAGAAGUGUCUAUCAGUGGAGCCUUUGGGGCCUCCUGCAGCCAGAAUCUCACGCUUAAUUGCCAGAAUGUCCAGUCAAUUUCGCUCUACGGUAGGAUUCAAAGCCCUGAGGAAGAUGAAUGUUGCCCUGUUGAGGGCGAAGGAGGUCAAAAUGACCGAUUGCAUUGAUAACAUCUUGGCGUGCUUCCCUGGCUACGUAGCAGAGAUCCAGGGGAAGAUUCCCCUGCCUUCUCGGCAGUACUUUCAGUAUGUUCUGCUGAGGAUGAUGGGAUUUGCCAAGAUCCUCUGCAGAAUUGUCUAUUUAGCCAAGGAUACUGCGAGGUUUUUCCUGUCAACAAUGAAUUUGGGGCACUUUAUGGAACUGAUAACUAUCCUCCUGGCCACAGUGGCUGAAGUCUGGAAAAAUAGUAAGAAACUCUGCAGAGCCACUGUGCAGAUGUACAGCAAAAUGCAUCCAAUGCGAAAGCAUUUUUCAAAGACUGACCAGGAUUUUCUCAAAGGAUUCAAUCUUCCUAACCGACUAGACGAAUGGCUAGGAGAGGAUUGGGAUGAGAUAAUCGAAGAGGAAAAGGCACCCUUGACACCUAAAAAACCUGAAAAAUCCCUACUCGAAUUCAGUGACGAGGAAGAAGAACCUUUCGAGAAGCUUCCGGAAAUAAAACCUGCCCCCACCAAAAUGGAAAUUGAAGAAGAAACAGGGAUUCCCAUCGACAGAAAAACCCUCUCUACUCAUACGCAACACUCAGUCAUGGACAGGAAAUCCCUGACAAAAUUCCUUGAGGCUGAAAACAACUUCCGGCUCAAGAAGGACCCCAAAAGCCUAACCCUAGCAAUCUCGAAGAAAAAAUGGCGGAAGUUCCAGCAACAACUUGAGAUUGCAUCGAAUACCAAAUCAAAGACUGACCUUUUGGUCUUCUUCAAGGUCCAAUGGACCAAACUCCUCAAGAACUGAACAUCAGGCAAUGCCAUACAUUUUAUGUACACUGCUUUUUAUUUUUCUCAAAUACAUUGAUUAUAAUUAUUUAAUUACAAAAAGAAAAA